AUGGCUUUAAAAAAGAUCACUACGCGAGUCAAAACAUUUGUCACGACACCUUUCAAGAAACGUUCAAAACACUAUAAAUUACCUCCUCCUCAGCCAGAGCCACCAACUCCUCAAAUUAGUCCACCAAAAUCCCCUGAAAUGUCUACACAACAACAACAAAUUAGGCCAUUGUUACAACCUUUUCUGUUUCCAAAAGCAAAAUCUACUGUCCUUCCUGAUCCGUCUCAAUUUUUCGCUCAUAAUCUCUUGUCAACUCCUUUGCCUACAAAUUCUUUCUUUCAAAACUUUGUCUUGAAAAAUGGUGAUCAGCCUGAAUACAUUCAUCCAUAUCUUAUAAAAUCGUCGAAUUCAUCUCUUAGUAUUUGUUACCCACCUCAGUUCCGUAAUCCUUCAUUCGUUUACCAGAUAUUCAAUGCUGAUCUCACUAUUUCUAUGUUGAAUAAUCCUAAUCCAAAUGUACCUCAUGUUAUUUCAUCAUUUAGUGAUCUUAGUGUUACGUUGGACCUUCCAUCGAGUAAUCUUAGGUUCUUUCUUGUAAGGGGAUGUCCCUUUGUUACUUGUAAUGUCAUUGUUGAUGUUGCACUUAAGAUUUCUACGAUUCAUGCUAUUCUUGAAUGCUCUUGGAAUGCUACUCUCACCAAAUAUACUAUUAAGCUUAAUAAUGGACAAACAUGGAUUUUGUACGCGUCUUCACCGAUCAAUUUGAGCAAUGAUAUGAAUAAUAUCACUUCUAGUGAGUUUUCAGGUACAAUAAGGAUUGUUCUCUUGCCAAAUUCUGACUAUGAAGCAGUUCUUGAUCGGUUUAGUUCUUGUUAUCCUAAAUCUGGUAAUGCUGUUUUCAAUCAGCCAUUUUGUGUCGAGUACAAGUGGGAAAAGGCUGGAUGGGGGGACUUGUUGAUGCUUGCUCAUCCCCUGCAUCUUCAACUGCUCUCGGAUCGUUCAGGUGUUACCUUGGAGGAUUUUAAGUACAAUAGUAUUGAUGGUGAACUUGUUGGCGUUGUUGGAGACUCGUGGCUAUUGAAGAGUGAUCCGAUUUCUGUAACAUGGCAUUCGAUUAAAGGUGUAAAGGAGGAGUCUUGUUCUGAAAUAAUUGAUGCUUUGACUAAGGAUGUCGCGGACUUGAACUCAACGUUAAUCUCAACAUUGUCAUCAUCAUCUUACUUUUAUGGGAAGUUGAUUGCAAGAGCUGCAAGGCUAGCAUUGAUAGCCGAAGAGGUUUGUUACGUUGAUGUUAUCCCAGCAAUCCGCAAAUUCUUGAAGGAUACAAUUGAACCUUGGUUAGAUGGAACUUUCGAAGCAAAUGGUUUCUUUUAUGAUACAAAAUGGGGUGGAAUUGUAACUAAACAAGGUUCAAUGGAUUCCGGUGCUGAUUUUGGAUUCGGAGUAUAUAAUGAUCACCAUUACCACAUUGGUUAUUUCCUUUAUGCUAUUGCAGUGCUUGUCAAGAUAGAUCCAAUGUGGGGAAGAAAGUAUAGGCCACAAACUUAUUCUCUUAUGGCGGAUUUCAUGAACUUAAGCAGGCGAGAAACUUCACACUAUACGCGGUUGAGGUGCUUUGAUUUGUGGAAAUUGCAUUCUUGGGCAGGGGGUUUAACCGAGUUUGCAGAUGGAAGGAACCAGGAGAGCACAAGUGAAGCGGUGAGCGCGUACUAUUCAUCAGCUUUAAUGGGAUUGGCAUAUGGUGACACUCAUCUUGUUGCCAUUGGAUCAACUCUUUCAGCUAUGGAGAUUCAUUCAGCACAAACUUGGUGGCAUAUUAAAGAGGAAAGCAACUUGUAUGUGGAGGAAUACACGAAAAAUAACCGUGUGGUUGGAGUUUUAUGGUCUAAUAAAAGGGACAGUGGCCUUUGGUUUGCUCCACCUGAUUGGAAAGAAUGCAGACUUGGUAUUCAGGUUUUACCUUUAUUGCCUAUUACUGAAGUUGUAUUUUCUGAUGCUCGGUUCGUGAGAGAGUUGGUUCAAUGGACAACUCCAGCUCUUGCAAGACGAGGCGUUGGAGAAGGGUGGAAGGGGUUUGUGUAUGCUUUAGAAGGGAUGUAUGAUAAAACAAGUGCUUUGGAGAAAACAAGAAGAUUAACUAGUUAUGACGAUGGAAACUCGCGUACAAAUCUUCUGUGGUGGAUUCAUACUAGAGGUGAUGAAGCAGAGGAAUGUGACAGAGGAAACAAUUUCUGCUGGUUUCGACAUUACUCUCUUUGAAUUUAUGGCUUAUAAUGUAGUAAACCUUAAUGUAUAAUGUAUGUAUGUACUUGUUUAAUAUGGAUUG